CAGGGAAUGGAGAGCAGAGCAUAUAUCUGAAGAUUAUGAUGGGGAGGAUUAAGACAUCGGGGUAUUUACUAUUGGUCUUAAUCGCUGAAGUAUGUUCAAAAUCAUUAGUGUUUGAAUUUGAGCAGGGUCUCUCUUACAGACUGGAACAAAAACAGGAAGAAAUCGCUUCUAAAUGUGGCUACGAAAGCUGCAAUCCAGUGAAGGAUGGGAUGAUCAAUGUACAUCUGGUUUCUCACACCCACGAUGACGUUGGCUGGCUAAAGACGGUGGAUCAGUAUUUUUAUGGAGAUCAUAAUGAGAUUCAACGAGCCGGUGUACAGUACAUACUGGACUCUGUCAUCCCUCAGUUACAAGACGAUCCUAACAAGCGCUUUAUCUAUGUGGAAGUUGCCUUCUUCAAACGCUGGUGGGAUCAGCAGCAUGACAGCCGCAGACAUCUUAUCAAAGGACUAGUCAACAAAGGUCAGCUGGAGUUUAUAUUAGGGGGCUGGUGCAUGAAUGAUGAAGCCUCCACUCAUUACAACGCCAUCAUUGACCAGCACACCCUGGGCUUCCGCUUCCUACAGGAGACGUUUGGGGAGUGUGCCCGACCCAGGGUGGCCUGGCAGAUUGACCCUUUUGGUCACUCCAGGGAACAAGCCUCUCUCUUUGCUCAGAUGGGAUUUGAUGGUUUGUUCUUUGGGAGGCUGGACUACCAGGAUAAGGCUACCAGGGAAAGUUCUAAAACCAUGGAGAUGGUGUGGAAGGGAAGUGCUAAUCUAGGUUCAGCUGCUAACCUCUUCACAGGAGCUCUACCUAAUGUCUACAAUCCUCCACCAGGCUUUUGUUUUGAUGAGAUCUGUAAUGAUGAACCAAUUAUGGAUGACAAGCGGCUUCAUGAUUACAAUGUCCCUGAAGUGGUAAAGGCAUUCCUGUUUGAAGUCCGCCAGCAGGCCAAAAGCUAUGCUACAGAUCACCUGAUCAUGACCAUGGGAUCAGAUUUCCAGUAUGGGAAUGCCAACAUGUGGUACAAGAAUCUAGAUAAACUCAUCAAAUAUGUAAAUGAGCAGCAAACAGUGAACAAUACCAAAGUGAACCUACUUUACUCCACUCCAUCCUGUUAUCUGAAACAACUAAACCUGGCAAACAAAACAUGGACUACCAAAAGUGAUGACUUCUUCCCUUACGCUCACCGAGCUCAUACUUUCUGGACAGGCUACUUUACUAGCAGAGCUGCUCUCAAGGGAUAUGUCAGGCAGACUAACAACUUCUUACAGGUUUGUAAACAGUUAGAUGCAUUGGCACUUCUGGAGGACACUGAACACAGCUCUGUCAGCAUCCAAGUUCUCAAGGAAGUUCUUGCCGUUGCUCAACAUCAUGAUGCUGUGUCGGGUACCGAGAAGCAAGCAGUGGCUUAUGACUAUGCUGAACGCCUUGCGAAUGGAAUUCUGGAGUGCCAGAAAACUGUAAAUGAUGCAUACAAGAAGUUGCUGAACACAUCAGCAGUUGUCCCCCCUGACCAGCUCUUCUGUGGUUUGAUGAACAUCAGUAGUUGUAAUGUUACUGAAGAUAACAAAAUGUUUGUGGUUGUGAUCUACAAUCCCAUUGGGCACCCUGUGGAUCAUUGGGUGCGGUUACCUGUCAUGGGCGGUUCUUAUCAAGUAACUGGUCCAGAUGGCAAGGCUGUUCAGACUCAGCUUGUUCCAGUCAGUAAAAGAACCAAACAGAUCCCAGAAAGACAUAGUCAUGCCACAAAUGAGCUAGUUUUCAAAGCUGCUGGAUUGCCUUCCCUUGGAUUUGCUACUUUCUUUGUGCAAAUUACAAAAAGUGAACCUGAGGAGAAACCAUCUGAACCAACAGAGCUGGCUGGAAACAUGACUAUAAAGAAUGAGCACAUUGCUCUCACAUUUGAUGCCAGUGGUAACCUGAGGAAAAUGUCAAACUUUGACAGCAAGAUUUCUCUCCCCUUGACCCAGCAGUUUGCAUACUACUCCUCAUUUCCUGGCAACAACACGUUCGCUGAGUUCCAGGCCUCUGGAGCUUAUGUCUUCAGGCCCACUGAGACAGAUCCAACAUUUCUCAAACCAACCAGAGUGCAGCGAACAAAGUUUGUGAAGGGUCAGCUGGUACAGGAGGUGGAGCAGAUCUUCAGCCCCUGGGUCAGUCAAGUGAUUCGUCUUUAUCAGGGGGCUCGUUACGCUGAGCUGGAAUGGACUGUGGGACCUAUACCUGUGCAAGAUGGAGUAGGUAAAGAAGUGAUCAGUCGCUUCCAGUCUGACCUCGCCACAGGCCAGGUGUUCUACACUGAUGCUAAUGGCAGGGAAAUGCUAGAGAGGAAAAUUGAUUAUCGCCCCUCCUGGAAGUUCAACCAAAGUGAACCUGUGGCUGGCAACUAUUACCCUAUCAACAGUAGAAUCUAUAUUAAGGAUACAGAUCGUAAGGUUCAACUGACAGUACUGACAGAUCGUUCCCAGGGGGGCACCAGCCUGAAGGAUGGACAGAUUGAGAUCAUGGUUCACAGACGAGUGUUGUAUGAUGAUUCCCUUGGGGUGGGGGAACCCCUGAAUGAGACAGGGUCUAAUGGCAAAGGACUGAUUGUUAGAGGUAAACAUUACCUGCUGCUGGAGACAAUGGAGAAGUCCCCAUCCUUACAUAGAGACAUGGCUCUCCAGCUCUACAUGGCACCCUCCCUCUCCUUUGUGGCUUCCAUGAAGCAGACAGACUGGAGCAAGAAGUUCAGAACAUUGUGGAGUGGGUUACAGCAUCCCCUACCCCCCAAUGUUCACAUGCUGUCCCUGGAGCAAUGGCAGGGUAACACCUACCUGGUCAGACUGGAGCACAUCUAUGAAAAGAAUGAGGACUCGGCCCUCUCCAAGCCUGUUAACAUGACCAUGAAGGAUUUGUUUUCAUCAUUCAAUGUUGAAAGUGCAGAAGAAUUGACAUUAGGUGCUAACCAGAAAACUGCUGAUGUCAGCAGACUGAAAUGGAAAAUAGCAGGAGAAACAGGAACUGAGGAGAUCAAGAAACAGGAGAGUUACCGUGAUACAAGGGAUGUAACUCUUACACCUAUGCAGAUCAGAACCUAUCAAGUGGCCUUCACGCCUAGAUGAACCUAGGUUGACAUAAUACCUAGAGGAUGCCCU